AUGCGCCUUAAGUUUCUAAGAACAUUGCUAGUGCUUGCACUAUUAGGUAAUAUCAUUGUAUGGCAUAGAAUAUGGAGGUUAUUUGCAACACAAAACACUUUGCGGUUGUUGACACCAAGCGUGGUAACACCUGAUCCUCCGCAAAAACUUCAUCGUCGCCUAUCUCGAUUAGUAACUGUGGUUAUACGACAGUUUGAAACUUUCGAAAAUGAUGUGGCUUCUACAGUAGAGUCUGUGUUAAACUUUUUUCCUACUAUACCAAUUUUAAUAGUAUGCAAUGAGCUACCAUAUCCUCCAUUGGAAUUGGAUUUUGCAAACGAUAGCAUGCAAAACGUUAAGAUAGUCAAUUUGCAGCCAGAAUUUAAUAAAUCUUAUGAUGAAAGAAGUCCACUUUUUUAUAUACGUACAAAAUAUGUUUUAUUUUUACCUGAUGGUAGCCGACUUUCUACCAAGCAAGUCAUGCAAGAGACUAUGUCACAAGCAGCAAAGUUAGGAGCAGUCACUAUACCAAUAGGAAGUGCAACUUUGAGAUGCAUUAAUAUAGAUUUAAAAGUAAAAGAAUGGAGUCUUAAAUUUUCACAUUUAACUGGCAGUGAAUGUGGUGGGGUUAGUGGAAAGCAUGCAACAAUGCUUGAGACAAAAUUAUUAAGAAAAUUAACUGAUCCCUUUUUAUUGCCUUUUAUGGAUGCACUAUACAUUCAAACAACUGCAUUAGGUGCAAAGAUUCAUAUAUUGUCAAAUUAUCAUUUCAACGAAGGAAAGUCAUUAUAUAGAAAUCAACAAUCACAAUGGAAGGUACAGCAAUUACAUCAAAGUCGUGAGAGAUCAAUGUUUGAAAAAUUGGGAAUCAAAAAAGUUAUAAGAGAUUCCAAUGUGAUAGAAUGGUAUGGUUGUUCUAGAGAAAGUAAUAGAUGUUUUGGAUCAGUCAUAAAUGGUGUUCCAUCAUAUCUCUAUAAAAAUCGAUAUACUCCACCUUGUUGCCUCUCAGGAUUGAGGAAAGUUGCUCAUCAUGUAUUUGAUAAAUUAGAAGAAGUUGGAAUCAGAUUUUGGUUAGAAAGUGGAUCUUUACUUGGUGCUAUGAGAAAUGGUGAUAUCUUACCAUGGGAUCAUGAAGUACAAAUAGGAGUAAAUCGCGAUGAUCUUGAGAGAUCACCAUGGUUAAUUAAAGCUAUGAACAAACCUAUUGUUGAUAAUCAAGGUUUUGUCUGGGAAAAGGCAACUGAAGGAGAAUUUUUUAAAGUACAGUAUUCAAAGAUAAACCAUUUAACUGUAAACAUACUUCCAUUUUAUGCAAAAAACGGUUCUAUGGUUAAAGAUGCAUGGUUUUUAAACAACAGAGAUUUUCCAGAACAAUUUCUUCAUCCAAUGUCAAGUAUUGAAUUUGCUGGUAGACAAGUACCAUGUCCAAAUAACAUUAGGGAUUUUUUAGAAUUGAAGUAUUUCAAAGGUGUGAUAGAAAAUCCAGAACUCCCUGGCAAUAUUUCAUUCUAA